AUGGGUCGCCCAACCUUCUACGACGAAAUCGAGCUAGAGGACAUGUCCUACGACGAAGUCAAGGACCUUUUCCACUACCCGUGCCCCUGUGGCGAUCGAUUCGAGAUCACGCGGGCGCAGCUCAAAGAGGCAGAGGAUGUUGCGCGAUGUCCCAGCUGCAGCUUGAUUAUUCGCGUCGUCUUUGAUCCUCUCGACUUUGAGGAAGAUGAUGAUGUCGCCCCGUCGACGGCCAUCGAUACCACUGGAGCGCCUCAAGUCAGCGUUGCCGCUUGA